CUAAAAAUACAACCCGUUGAUAAUCCGUUAAGCUUGUCGCAGAAGAGCUCGUAACAGCCUAGUAAUUCGAGGUGGAAGAGAGUUUUGAGAAUAACUGAAGAUCUCCAAGACACGCAAAAAGACCAUGUUUAACAGUCAAUAUAAGGAAGCUAAUGAUGUGUUGAAUUACUGGUUCGGAGGAGGGGACCGUUCCAAGCGACCAAAAUGGUUCGGAGGCGGAGAAGAAGCUGCUAAGGAAGUAAAAGACAAGUUCGGACCGCUGGUGGAGAAAGCCAGAAAUGACGAGUUGAAGCACUGGGAAAAUGAUCCUAAAGCCACAUUAGCGUUGAUCAUAUUACAGGACCAGUUCCUACGAAGUCUUUUCAAGGGCAGUCCCACGGCUUUCUCAAGAGAUACAUAUUGUGAAGAACUGGCCAAAAAGUUUAUACAACGCGAGACACACGAUCAUCUAAAGUUCAGCGCCGCUGCGAGAGUUUUCAUUUAUCUUCCACUGGAACACAGCGAGAACAGAGAGACUCAGGAAAUGAACGUGCAGCUGUUCGCUCAGUUAGAGAAGGACUGCAAAGGGGGCGAAGACGAGUCAAGUGGAAACGUUUGGUACAAGUUUGCUUGUCUUCACAAGGAGGUAGUGGAUCAGUUUGGGCGUUUUCCACAGCGCAACAAAGUUCUUGGCAGAGAGAAUACUCCAGAAGAGGACGAAUGGCUGAAUAAUCUUCCCGACCGUUUUAAAUGGUGAAGACGACAGACAGCAGACUGAUAACAAACCAGCAGUCUAGAUGAUAUCUAAGAUAUGCACCCUGUAGAUAAAAUGCGUCGAUUAGAUCACAGCUUUAGUCCGGAUUCCACCUUCACGUCUUGGAAGGAGCCUUGAUUCUCCAUUUCUUAUCAGCCUUUUAAUCCGACUAAUAGAGUUUGUUCUCGACAUUUUGGUUUUUAAAUCAAAAAAAAUUCUUUGACUUAAAUCUAGAAGUCGAUUUACAUUUGUAAUCAAAACCUGUAAGAGCACGACCAAAAUUCAAACUUUGAACAUUAAAAGAUGUCGCACACUA